AUGGACAAGUUAGUCACAAUUAUAGUCCGGUUAGAUAUAAACGUCGUGCUCAACCAAAAGGUUACAAAGAGAACCCAAUUUGCAAUGGUGCGCUCAUUUCGUAGUGAGUCAUUUGUGUCAGUUGCGGUUGAGCAUCAAAGAUUAAUCAAUGUGGGAAUCUCCAUCUGCAUGACCACAUUCCACAAGAACAAGGAAUUAUUAUCUGGCUUUAGUUCUUAUUCAGCAGCUCCAAAGGAAAUUAGCAUUGAUGGAAGAGUCGGAGUCAUCAGAAAGACGGGCGAGAGGUUUGACAAGAACCACGUUGUCCAAACAUACAAGUUUGAAAAAGGCUUCCGUCAUGGUUUGGGGGUGGUUGUUUCUGGGGGUAGGGGUAUUGACCCUUUGGUAACAAUAAAAGGAAACAUCGACUGUUUGAAGCAGUACUUUCUUCCCUAG